CGUAGCUUAUUGGUUGUUUGGCACAGUUUCCACGGCCUUGACCGAGCGCGCCUAUGCCGCAGUCGCCCCGCAUCGCUCGCGGUAUACGGACGUUGGCGUGCCGCCAUUUUGAAAAAGAACGCGGUGAAUUCAAAAAUAUAAAUGGCCCCCAUCGACAAGCCAAUCGUGUGGGUGCUCGGAGGCCCGGGCUCCGGCAAGGGAACGCAAUGCGACAAGAUCAUCGCCAAGUAUGGCUUCACCCAUCUGUCUUCUGGCGAUCUUUUGCGAGCGGAAGUGAAGAGUGGAUCCGAGAGAGGGAAGAGUCUCACAGCUAUCAUGGAGCGAGGUGAACUGGUUCCCAACGAGCUAGUUUUGGAGUUGCUGAGGGAUGCCAUUGAAGCUAAACUAGCGGAGUCCAAUGGCUUCCUCAUCGAUGGCUAUCCGCGCGAGAAGAGUCAGGGUGAAGCCUUCGAGAAGGCCAUUGCUCCUGCCACUGUAAUCAUCUACUUCGAAGCAACAGCUGAAACCCUGACGAAGCGUCUCCUAGGCCGCGCCGCCAGCUCGGGCCGCGCUGAUGACAACGAAGAAACGAUCAAGCUGAGACUGAAGACCUUCGUCGAUAAUAACGAGCUGGUGUUAGCGCAGUACCCUGACAAGUUGAAGAGGAUAGACGCCGAGCGGAGCGUGGACGACAUCUUCGCCGAGGUGGUCAGCAUCCUGGACCCCAUCGUGAAGGCCUAACGCCCGCCGCCCGCUUUGUACAUACACGCCCUUAUUUAUAAACAUUUGUUGAUCAUUAUUAUCAUUAAAUUUGUUUUUAUUCUGUUA